AUUAUUGUACAAACGAAUUGAAAACAACUUCUCUGUGUAAUUUAAGAAAAGAAAAAAAUACAAUAAUAACAAAGGACAUUUUAAAGCAGUGCAGGCGCAACUGUUGAACAGUGUUAUUGCCUUUUGUUGUUCUUUAUUUACUUUGCGCUGCAUUCUUUCAUUAGUGUGCGAAAAGUUCACUGGCUAUUAAAGUUGUAAAGUGCACAUAACAAGCGUAACGAAAUAAAUAUGAACAUUGUAUGUUAAAGUGUAAAGUCACGAGACGCAAAAAAGAAAAAAUUUUAAAAACAAAGAAAGCAAAGUCAAAGCCACAUCAGCUGCAGUUGUAAUUGAAUUUGUGAGCUACUCUCUGGCAUCAGCAGUAGCAGCAGCAUUCCCUACAGUCGCUGUAUAAUAAAUAGAGAAAGAAAAGCGCUAAUAUUGCCUACAACUGCAAUCUAGUUAGAUGCCUUACGAGCAACUGACGCAUUUCGUAUCUAAACCUUGUGACAGCUGAAAUGUUGCGGUAGCUACGGUUUAUUUUUAGAUAAGACCAAUAGACAAGCGGAAAACCACAGGCAUAAACGAAAUUGCGACUGCAAAUGUGCAAUCGAACAGCCAUCGACCCACCAAUCCAGAAUAGCCACCAGCUUUGCGAACGUCCGGCAGCUAAAUUAGUUUGAAUAUGUGACAAUGUCGUUGGUGGCCUUAGAAUUGGAUUGGAAAUAGUAAAAACGAAAUCUCACACCCUCGAGAGAAGGGGCCAAAUGCAUGUUUUAUGCAACCGAGCAACCGGGCAACUGAAAUCGAAAAUCCAAUGUCAAUCAACGUAACAGAACAACGCAACGAACUCGAAUAACGCACAGUUAACUAACCUAUAGCCAGUGGACGAGCUGGUAGGUAUGUACAUAGUAUAAUAUAUGUACAUGUAACUGCCUUUGAGAGCCAAUAACUAGUGCAACCGCCGAAUUAAAUUGAGCUGGACGGGAAGCGCACAUCACAACUCCAGGCAGCGACAAUUGACUAACUGUGUUUGAUCACAGUUGACAAGCGAGCACAUCGAAUGCAAUCGAACUAAAUUGAGGAAAUCAUUUACAAAAACAAAACAAAAAAUCAAUAAUACGAAAGUAAGAACGAAAAUUACAACAAAAAAGUAAAAAUUUAAUACGCAAACAUCAGAAACAUCAUAACAGCGCUCUGCCAUCAGCUCCUCCGCAGCUGCCACUGACAAGCGCCGUCACGCAAAAUGACAUUUAAAUUAUUUCGACGCGGCUCGGCGCGUUGCUUCGGUCUGCUGUCCGCGUUCAUCACGAUCUUAAUCUGCCUCUACUACAUAUCCAUUGGCCAGCAACAAGACGAAACGCUACAGUCGGGCAAAGACACGACUGUUGUACUGGGUAGCGGAUUUGGCAGCAUAGUGACGGCCGGUUUGAAUGCAUCGCCACAACAAUUGCACAAAGCGAAUGUGCAUAAUGCUAAGCUCAGAGGAAUGCGUGGUGAUGGCGACGAGAAGAGUGGGGCACAGAAAGGGGCGACUGGCAGUGGCGCCAGCGCAGUGCAAUUGUCGGCGGCCGGCACAACAGCAUUGGAGGGCAAUGUCGAAGCGAAUAAUGGCGUCGACAUGACCGUAAAUGGCGCGCCCACCAAGAAUCCUGAUUGGGGUGAUGUUUGCUAUGUGAUGGAUGAGAGCGACACGAAUAUCACAACAAGCGAGGAAUAUGGGAAAUUUGAUUUUCAGCCUGAAUGGAUUCAUACAAAGGAAUAUUGGGAUCGUGGUUUUGAAGAACGAUUUGAGGCACAAAAGAAGGACUACAAACGACCACCACUGAAGAUCUUCGUCGUACCACAUUCGCACAAUGAUCCCGGCUGGUUGAAGACCUUCGUUAAUUACUUCCAAUCAGAUUCGCGCCAGAUACUUAACUUGAUAGUAACAAAAAUGCAGGAAUACACCGACAUGACCUUCAUUUGGUCGGAAAUCAGUUUUCUACAACUCUGGUGGGACCAAGCGCAUCCGACAAAACAGCGCGCGCUGAAGAAACUUAUCAAAUCGGGACGUUUCGAAAUCACAACCGGCGGUUGGGUGAUGACCGAUGAAGCGAAUGUGCAUCUUUACGCUAUGUUAGAUCAACUCAUCGAAGGACAUCAAUGGUUGCGGAACAAUUUGAAUGUUACACCAACCGUCGGCUGGUCAAUUGAUCCCUUCGGACAUGGCAGUACUGUGCCAUAUUUGCUGUCGGGCAGCAACUUCGAAGGUACCAUUAUACAACGCAUACAUUACGCCUGGAAACAAUGGUUUGCGCGUCAACAGAAGGGUGACUUCAUGUGGACACCUUAUUGGCAGCAACGUGGCAAAGCGCCAACACAACAUGGAAAGCUGCUAACACACAAUAUGCCAUUUGACAUUUACUCGAUUAAGGGCUCAUGUGGACCGCAUCCAUUUAUAUGUCUCAAUUUCGAUUUUCGUAAAAUACCCGGAGAGUAUACGGAAUAUUCGGUGAAAGCGCAAUUCAUAACGGAUGACAAUGUUGAAUCGAAAGCGCAAGUCUUGUUGGAACAAUAUUCUCGUACCGCCUCGCUAUUUCCACACAAUGUAGCGCUUAUACCAGUCGGCGACGAUUUUCGUUACAAUAAAGAGCGCGAAGUAGAUCAGCAAUAUACGAAUUACAAGAAAUUGAUCGAUCAUAUAAUGGCCAAUAAGCGGCUCUAUAAUGUUGACAUCUCUUUCGGCACUCCACGAGAUUACUUCAACGAAAUUCGUCGACGUACCACCACUUUCCCAACACUCAAAGGUGACUUCUUUGUUUAUUCCGACAUCUUCUCCGAGGGACGCCCAGCCUAUUGGUCGGGUUACUAUACGACACGUCCAUUCUAUAAACUGCUUAGCGCCGACCUGGAGCAUAAUCUGCGCGCUGCCGAAAUACUCUUCACCGUCGCUUACAAUACCGCACGUCAGGUGCACCAUGUGAAUGCCAUAAAGAUCUUCGAAAAGAAUUAUGAGAAAAUGAUACAUGCACGCCGAAAUUUGGGACUCUUCCAGCAUCAUGAUGCCAUCACUGGCACGUCGAAGGCGGCAGUAAUGCGCGAUUAUGGCAUGCGUCUGUUCGAAAGCAUACAAGAUGCGGUUAAGAUGCAGGAGUCCACCAUUGAAAUGUUGCUGCAAGAUGGCAGUGAACGUCAUAAUUUCCUGCUGAGCGAGUUGGAGCGUGAUAACUUCAGUAAGCUGGCACGCAAGACUCCCAUACCAAUCAAUGGCAAUGGUAUUGUGGAUGAAUUUGAUGAUUUAAAUGCAAAUGCUGGCACAGCUGCGUUUGUUAUCUUCAAUUCGUUAUCGCAAAAACGUUUGGAAGUGAUUACGUUGCGUUCGCCUGUGCCGAAUGUUAAAGUAUUGAAUGAACGUGGCGAGGAGGUACGCUUAAUGCAAAUCAAUCCAGUUUGGAAUAUAACCGAUGUCUAUGAGAUGGGGUUGGGUGGUGAUAUGGGUGCCAAUAGCGGUAUGGGACGCAUACGUGUGUCUACACGUCAGUACGAAGUGAUGUUUAUCGCCGAAUUGGACGCGCUUUCACUGGCGACCUACAACAUUGUUGUGGUGGAUGAAAAGAACUUUAGUCAACCGACAAUGGCGACUAUUUAUUGUGAUGGCUGCACAGAUGGCGCAACACCAAAUCCACCAAAUACAAGCACGAAUUUUGUGGUGAAAGCCAAACCAUCAGGUGACAUUCAACUCGAGAACAAUUACAUGCGUCUGCUCUUCGAUGAGAAGAGCGGUUUUCUUAAGACCGUUACGCGUAAGAGCAAUAAUGAGCAAGCGUUGCGACCCAUGCAAUGUGCUAUUAAAUUCGCCGCCUACCGUAGUGCGCAGUUCCACUCAGGCGCCUAUCUCUUUAAAACCGAUCCCGAACAAAACGAAGCCGAAAAAGAUGUGCUCGAUCAGUAUGAAGAUGUACGCAUUAUUAUUUCAUCGGGUCCGAUCGCUAGUGAUGUCACCGUCAUUUAUGGUCCAUUCUUGGCGCACACAGUACGCAUUUUCAACACGCAUACUCACCUAGAUGCGGCCAUGUAUAUUGAGAACGAUGUGGAUUUUGAGCCGCCACCAAAGAAUCGUGAAAUCGAGCUUUUCAUGCGUUUCGUCACGGACGUAGAUAAUAUUAUAACGGUAAAGCGCGAUGAUGUGCUGAAGGAGGCGGAUACAGUAGCGGAAUUGCCGGUGUUCUACAGUGAUCAAAAUGGUUUCCAAUAUCACAAACGCAUUAAAGUGCCCGCAAUUGGCAUUGAAGGCAACUACUUCCCCAUCACUAGCGGUGCAUUCAUACAAGACGCACGUGUACGCUUCACCCUACUGACUACACACGCACAGGGCGCCGCCUCUUAUGAACCAGGUCAAUUGGAAGUGAUGCUCGAUCGACGUACGCUCUACGAUGAUUAUCGUGGAAUGGGCGAAGGUAUUGUCGACAGUCGCCUGACACGACACAAAUUUUGGGUACUCAUCGAAGAUAUGCCAACGAAAAAGGAGAACGCCUACCAAAUACCCAGUUUACUAGCCAAUCAGCUAGCUAACGGAUUACGCUAUCCACCGAACUUAUACUUUGUGGAGACAUUUGAUGCGCCAGCUGUGCAACUGAAACCGAAGACCGUACUACUCGAUCAUGGUGCGCUGCCAUGCGAUGUACACCUCUUAAAUUUGCGUACACUCUCCGAAGAGCAGCUGCAGCUUUUCCCAUCGACAUCGGCUUUGCUGGUGCUACAGCGGCAGGGUUAUGAUUGUGCGAUCGGUCAAAAUAUCGAUAUAACACGUGUGUGUGCGGCAUCGGCGAACGGGCUGGGGCAGGUGGGUUUCAAUAAAUUGCAUAUUACGCGUUUGGAGACGACGAGUUUAACCGGCACGCUGCAAGAGAGCGAACGCAAACGGCUAAAAUCGUUUGCCGAGAUCACACUGAAUCCCAUGGAAAUGCGCACUUUUAAUGUGACGUUCAGAUUUUAAAUUACUUAAUUUAUAAUUACAUUAUUUUAAUUUAUUUUGUCUGGUUGUAUGUGUCUGUGUGUGUUUUUCGUCUGAAAUUGAGGUUGUGUGACGCAAGUAAAUAAUUUAGGUAGAAUUUUUAGUUUGUGUGUGUUGUGUUUGGUAUGCGCAUUUUUUUGUUUUUGUUCUAAUAUAAUUAUAAGUCAUUUCGCAACCAAUUUAAUUUAUAAAAAAUAUAAUUUAUAAAAUAUUUAUUAAAAUUUACAUUUAAACGCUAUAAGAUUUCCGAUGAAAACCUCACGCAAAUGACAUUUCCACGCUACAUUGUAUACAAAACUGCCUUUGACAUUUCCCUACUUAUAGCAAAAUAUACAAAAACAACAACAACUAGGUUUCAGUAGAACAUUUGCAACAAUUGUAUUGCUAAUUAAAAAAAGCAAUUACAGUUAUACAAUUGUAUGGAAAAUUGAAACAUAUAUCUCUUUAAAAUAAUUAUUUAUUUUGCUUAGUAAUACAAUGCGAUUUCACAGUACUUUGUUACCCGUUUAUAUAUGUAUAUGUACAUACAUGCAAUCACAAUAAUACAGUUAAAGCAACAACCAUUCCAACAGCUAUUAUACACAUAUGUUUAAACUAUACUACAUCUCGUAUACGCUUACAAUAGUUUAGUUAAAUAUUUUAGCAGUUAAAUAAUAAUUAGUUUACACACACAAACAACUCAGAAAGUUGUAUGCAAACACAGAUUCUUCAUACUGUUAUAUUGCAAACAAAAGCAUGUUAUAUUUUCAUAAAACAAAAAAACGUAACGCUAACGCGCUUUAUUCAGUACACAUGCAAUCAUUUAUUGCCAACUUGUACACAGUUACCUGGUAAACGGUCCCUCGCCACUCACGUCUUUUGUGCUUUCGUAUCAAGUCAUUAGAAAGACACCAGUAUUUUUGCAUUAUUUUCACAUAAAUAGUUUAAUUGUAAUAUUAUAUGAUAAAUAGCGUUUAUUACCAGCUGAUAUUUUUUUGGUUUUUGCGAACUCAUUGAUUUUAAAUCAUUUAUGUAUAACAUUAUAAUUUCUUGUUAAUAAUAUAUAUAAAAUAUACAAAGUCAGAUUGGGUAUACUAUUUUCCUUUCACCACGAGCUAAUUUUAUUUCACUUACUCAGGCAGCGCUUAGUUUUUACGCAUAUUUUGAAAUAGUAAGCAGCAUUUCAGCGUUAAAGACAAGUUUUGAAUGUAAAAAAAAAAACAAAAAAAAAACAUGAUUUUAAAUAAUAGAAAAUAGCAAACAGUAAAGCAUAAUGCACUUAAUAGUUAAUUUUAGUGAAAUGCACCCCAGGCACUCUAAUUAAGUGUAGCAAUUAAUAAUGUUUAGGCAUAAGACAAGAAAAGAAAGAUUUUAAGACGCGAUACUUAGUAAGUAUUUAUAUUAAUGAAGGUAAUGGACAUGUUAUUACGACGCAUUACGACGUUUUGCAGUUGAUUUAUUGCUCCUGUUUAAAUUUAUUUGUAAACUAAUGGAAGCUUAUUUCGCUAUUUCCCAUAAGAAUAUAAACAUUUUUGAAUGUUAUUGUGAAAUUAGUAAUGCUUGGAGCAAUAUGCGACGCGUCAAAAUUUAUGCGCAACAAUUGAACGUGUGAAAAUAGUCUGAUAUUAACUAUCGAAUAUGUGUAUGUAGGUAUGAAGUAAGCUUAGAUUUUUAUAUAUUCAGCUUUUUCUGCUUAGCGAAUUUAAAAAUUGAAUUAAUCGAAUAUUUGGCAACGCUUUUAAUUUAUAAAUUAGAACAAAAGAAAUGAACAUUUUUUUAGACUUUUCACCAAAAAAACUAGCAAAAUUAAACAUAAUUUAUUUUAUUUGCAAUUAAAUAAAGAUAUAUAUGACUGUAGUUUCAGUUUCUUUUCAGACUGAGUAGCAUAAAUGUACAAUUAAAAUAAAUUAUAUUAUAUAUUAUGUAUAAUUAUAAUGAAAUAAAUUACUAUUUAAUUAUAAAUAUAAAUAUAAAGUAUUUUGUUAAUUUAAGUAUUGUUUAACGGUGUUUUGUGCAUAUGUAUGUAUGUUUUUAUUGCGAAUUGCGUAUAAUUAUAAUUAUAUUAUAUGUAUGUUCGAAAUAUUUUAAUUUUCUAUUUAUGCUCUCCACAAAAAUGUGUGUAGUUUAUUGUAAAAAUAGUGCAAAUCAUAAAAACUGUAUAUAUUAAGCAAACAACUUCGCCACCACAUCACUACGUACGAGUAUGGAUGAUAUUAAAAAAAUUAAUUAUUUCUGCUGAACAAUGAUUAAUAUCAGAAAACCCAACAAAUUGUUUAAAAUAUACCAAUUUUAUUUUCAGCCUUGAUUAGGCUUCAGUAUGUCACAUUCAAUUCCAAGAGAUAUUUUUUAGAAGCCCAAACUGAACUCUAUAUAAAAGAUCUUAUAAUUCUCGCGAAUUGGAAAUAAUUACUGAGUCGUGUCAUAAAUACGAAAUUUUAUAAUCCAGCGCCAUUUGGCGUACUUACUGUUUACAGAAACUCUGAAGAAAUGUUUACUAUUUUUCAUUUCAAGUUUAUUUCUUAAGCGUAAAAAAUGUAUGGGUUCAUUUGGUUGGUUGAAAAGAGAGACAAAGAGAACUUGACCGCAAGGCCAUCAUUGGGCCCAUUGUGCUCCCGAAGGGUACCCUGAUAAGCAUCAUCUAAACAACUCGGUCGAUUUGUCAAAACUUCUAAGUUUUUUACAUCCCAGCUGUCCAAUUCCCCUUAGGUUUGAGUAUUCGGAGUCAUUGAAGAUGGGUUAAUUUAGUACGGUUCACAAACUCCGUUCUGAAAAAAGUGCAAACCUUUAUUUUAUUAAAUAAAUUGAAAACCAUAUACAUAUGUAUGUAGACACUAACCAUUAUUAGUAUACAAGUAUACCUAGGCUUUACUGUUGUAAGCACUUCAAUUUAUAACCUCUAAAUUUAUGUUCUCAAUUUAAGUAAAUCACUGUACAAUGAGUGAUGGAAAUAGAAUGGGUAAAAAAUAAUAAUUUUGCAUAAAAACAUUGCGAGAAAUAAUUAUAAACAAAAAUUAAGAAAGAUACGCAUAAAAUUGCAAAUCACCUAAACAAUUCAAAGCACCGAAUGUUGUAAUUAUUUGCAAAAAAUUAUUACACAAUAUUAUCACAAAUUUUAGAAAUGGUA